AUGGAUCGAGCGCCGGGAGCAGGCAGGGUGGAAGAGACCUCGUCGACGCGCGAGGCGGACAAGGUGGCGGGUCCGAAGUCGCGUGAGGCUAUCCAACAGACGUCACCGCCGUCUGUCCCCGUGUCUAGGUUCUACCCGAGCGGCAGCUACCCCGAGGGUGAGGUCAUGGCGUAUGCCGAGGCUGACCAUCUUGUGAGGACAACGAGCGAGGAGAAGAGGGCGUUAGAGCGCCUGAAUUUCAAGUCGUACAACGACAUUCGCCGCGCGGCCGAGGUGCACAGACAAGUGCGCCGGUACGCCAAGAGUGUGAUUCGUCCUGGGAUGAAGAUGAUAGACAUUGUGGAGAUGGUGGAGAGCUCCGUGGUCAAGCUGGUCGAGGCGAAGGGUUUGAGGUCGGGGAUCGGAUUUCCGACCGGCGUGAGUUUGAACAAUUGCGCCGCUCACUACACGCCGAACACGGGCGAUGCCAGCGUGUUGGGGCCCAACGACGUCAUGAAGCUGGACUUCGGCGUGCACGUGAACGGCCUGAUCAUAGACUCGGCGUGCACGUUGACUUGGAACCCCCGGUACGACAGGCUGCUCGAGGCCGUCCGAGAUGCGACCAACACGGGCAUCAGGGAGGCGGGCAUCGACGUCCAGCUCGGGGACGUCGGGUCCGCGAUUCAGGAGGUCAUGGAGAGCUACGAGGUCGAGCUGGACGGAAAGGUCUACCCCGUCAAGGCCAUCAGAAAUCUCAACGGGCACUCGAUCGAGCCGUACAUCAUUCACUCGGGAAAGAGUGUGCCCAUCGUGAGCGGGAGAGAAAUGACAAGAAUGGAGGAAAACGAGUUCUACGCUAUCGAGACGUUCGGGUCCACCGGCAAAGGUUGGGUACACGACGGCGGUGACUGCUCUCACUAUAUGAAGCGUGCCGAUGCACCGCAUGUGGUGCCCAGGUCGGCGUCUGCGAAGCAGCUCCUUCACCACAUCAACACAGUCUACAAAACGCUGCCGUUCUGCAGGAGGUGGCUCGACUCGAAAGGACAGACCAAGCACCUGAUCGCCCUCAAAAGCCUGCUGGACUCGGGCGUCGUAUCGGCGCACCCGCCCCUCUAUGACGUCAAAGACUGCUACACGGCCCAGUUCGAACACACUAUCGUGUUGAGACCCACCUGUAAAGAAGUAAUCAGCCGCGGAGACGAUUACUGAGCCGCGCGAACCGCCGGCCCUCUCUCACCCACCUUCGCCACGUGUAAAAAUACACACGUACGCACCG